UUUUCUUUUUAUUAUUUAUUUCUUGCCUGUUUUCCAAUUUCUGAUGCUGUCAAAUAAAACAAAAUUACCCAAACUUGGUUAUAACAUAUUUAACCUAAAUACAAAGUUGUCCCUGCUCACAUAUAAAAUAAACCGUUUCAAUUCUUUUCUCUCUCUUUUCUUACUUAUACACAACACUUCUAAAUACCUGUGAAAUAGUCGCUGAUAUGCUUAACCCGACUGUCAUUAGUCAACUCUCUUCUCCUCCACUGUCACCUCAGCAUGAACAAGUGGACUAUUAUCACAACAAUAAUAAAAGACUGAGUACAAGUAGUGCCAGUAGUAACGGAAGCAACGGAAGCAACAAUAAUGGCAAACCUCGAAGCCGUUUCUCCAACGUAGAAGAUGCAAUUAUAUGUGAAGGUGUUGCAAGAGGCUUGACAUGGGGUCAGAUUUCUGGUCAAUUGCCACAUCGAAAGCGUGCAACGUGUUUCAACCGAUACCGUACACUUCAAGGUAUCCGUAAAUCUCGUAAAAGAUCUAUGCCGGACAUGCGAUCUCCACCUAUUACCCCACCUAAUUCUUGGUUACCUUCACCCACCAAAGAAGCACGUCAUCAUCAUCGUCAUUCAUAUCAUUACCAUAGCAACCCCGUCUUGGUUGCUCCAUUACCAACAAGGCUUCCGUUACCUUUUUCAUAUGCAGACCGUAUCCAUUAAUUUAUUUAUA